CUAGCCAUUGCCCAUUGGCAAACACUCAGUCAGCAGGACGUAGGAGAAGCUUUUACCGCACAAGUCGGCGCAACGGUUCACCUGCGACGUGAAUAUGACAACAAAGAGGCCUGUUCCCGAAGAAGGUGACCCAGCAGAAGCCAACGGGACAGACAAACGGCCAAAAGUUGAUGGGCCCAAUGAGGACAAGUUAGGAGCAACAGAUGACUUGGUCAUUUCCAGUGAUGCGGAGCAUCCUGCAAACCUCAUUCCGGAGCUGUGUCGAUUGUUUUGGACUCUGGGUUGGGUGACUGGUACCGGCGGUGGUAUCACCAUCAAACGGGACAACCAUAUAUAUAUUGCUCCGUCUGGAGUUCAAAAGGAACGUAUCCUACCCAAGCAUCUUUACGUUCUGACAGCCAGCCUUCCCCGCACCAUCCUCCGAUCUCCUCCCCCGUCCCUCAAGCUAAAACCCUCACAGUGCACACCUCUAUUUGCUAAUGCCUACGAUAUGCGUAAUGCUGGUGCAUGCAUUCACACGCACUCCCAGAAUGCAGUCAUGGCGACGUUAAUGUAUGGCAAAGAAUUUGUUAUAACUCACCAAGAGAUGAUCAAGGGUAUCAGGAAAGGCAGUACUAAAGAGAAUUUGAGAUACUUUGAUAAGUUGGUUGUUCCAAUUGUGGAAAAUACUGCACAAGAGGAGGAUUUGAAGGACAGGAUGGCCAAGGCCAUUGAGGAUUACCCUGACACGAACGCUGUUUUGGUCAGACGUCAUGGUGUGUACGUAUGGGGAGAGAAUUGGGAAAAGGCCAAAUCCAUGACGGAGUGCUACGAUUAUCUGUUUGAAAUUGCGGUGAAGAUGAAGACUGCUGGGUUGGAUCCAACCAAAAUACCGGAUGACAGCGAAUAUAGGCACCUCUGCGAGCACUGUUAAGGCUCACCUGGGGGAAUGGAUGGAGGGCGGUGAAAUCGGCAUACCUUCUUCUCCAUGUUUAAGGAAGGAAUUGACUUUUUUAUAUUCAUACAUGAUCUGUAACUACGGAGUUUAAGACAAUAUAACGGGGUAUAUACGGAUGAUAAAAUAACUACUUCUACGUUGACGAUUCUUGACUGUAAACUAUUUAAUAACAUUUAAUUCUCUGGAAACUUAUUCUCCAGGAUUAUCCUAUGUGGUGAUUAUUAUUCCUCGCAGCAGCAAAAGCACGCUUCUUUCUGAAAGUAUCGGCCGGCAUCGGCGUAGUUAUUCAGGUAUGCAAUGCGAUGACUGUUGGUAUCGGUGUCUGGAGACCGA